GAUUUUAGGUUAUGGUUAUUAUAGAUAGGUCGGUAUCAAAAAUAAACUGCUAGCUCUUUUUAUUAGUUUUGAAAAUAAAAACUAUUUUCGUAAUUUUUAUAUCUUAUCAAUAGUACAAAUGACUGAAAUUAACGAUUUAGAACAAGCCUUAGUACUAGCAGCUGCUGAUGCAGAUUCUAGGAAUUACGAAGGUUCUUUUGAAGAGUCUGAGGAAACCAACGUAUUAUGCAAGGAGCCUGCAUUUUAUAAAAACGUUAAUGAAGUUAAGAACAUAGUUAUCGAAAAACCAGCGACAAUAAAUAAUAGGCCACAAGAAAAUGCACCAUUAAAGAGAAAGCGCGAAACUGUUGAGGAAAAUAUUGAGGCAAAGUCAACCAAAACUUAUGCAAACGUUGUUGCGAAUCACUACAAUCAGAUAGAGGAAAAAGGUUUAGAUGAGAGGUGCAAAUCGCGCAUUGUACACUUAAGGAACUUCCACAAUUGGAUAAAAAGUAUGCUCAUUAAUGAAUAUUUGACAAAAAUUAAGUAUUCAAAAAAACAACACAACGCUCCUAUAAGAGUGCACGAUAUGUGCUGUGGAAAAGGUGGAGACUUACUAAAAUGGAAAAAAGGAGGUAUAACCCAUCUCAUUUGUAGUGAUAUAGCUUCAGUGUCCCUCGAACAGUGUAAGGCACGGUAUAAGGAUAUGAAGAAUCGUUCUGGAAGAGAUAGGGGACCUCCAUUAUAUACAAUAGAAUUCAUAGCAGGUGAUUGUGGUAGAAUGAGGCUACGUGAAAAGUAUUCAGACCCAUCAAUGAAAUUAGAUCUAGUAAGCUGUCAGUUUGCAUUUCAUUACAGUUUUGAAAGUCUACCUCAAGCUGAAUGCAUGUUCAGGAAUGCAGCAGAAUGUCUACAACCUGGUGGAUAUUUCAUUGGCACCAUGCCUGAUGCUUAUGAUCUGGUAGCACGUGCCAAAAGAAAUGAUAGCAACUCUUUUGGAAACAAUGUCUUUCAAGUUUCUAUAGAUUUUGAUAUUAAUAAACCACCUUUAUUUGGCAGUAAAUAUAAUUUUCAUUUAGAUGGGGUUGUCGAUUGCCCUGAAUUUUUGGUGUAUUUUCCAAUGUUUGUUAAGUUGGCCAAAAAAUUUGGGUUGAAGUUGGUUAAAGCUGAAAAAUUUUAUGAUUAUUUUGAGAAGAUGAGGGAGGAAGGUAGACAUUUAUUAAAUAAUAUGAGAAGUCUUGAAGCUUACCCACCUCCAGAAAAUAGUACUUUGGUUGGAACUGAACCUGAUGAUUAUAAUCAUGCUGUUGAAUUUAUUAGAAAAGAUCCCAGAGGCAACAUUAGGAUAGGAACGCUAUCUAAGUCAGAAUGGGAGGCUUCAUCUUUAUACACUACAUUUGUGUUUGAAAAAGUGAAGAAUACAUGGAAUACUGAUGGAACUCCCUUAUAUGAUAUUUGAUAAAAAAAGCUUUUUGUUCAAUUGAUUAAUCAGCAUUUUAUAAUUAAAUAGUGAAAAUAUAUAUACAAAAAAUGUUUACAGUGUAUUAAUAUACAUUAUUUUAUAAACAACCAUUUGAAUUUUAUAUCCAUCCAAAAAAAAAAAAACUUUAUUUCCUGUGAGAAAUAUCUGAAUUAUGUUUAGUCAAAAAUCAAGAAUUUUACCUGAAUGAAUUUUAGAAGAGAUAAUUAUCUAAAAUCACAUAAAACAAAAAUGAAAGAACAUUAUGCCAGAAUAGUUGAACACAACAUGUUCUCUGAAAGUUUAUAUUUUAAGCACCAGCUUCUUGAUGUUGUUUGUACUUCAGAAUACUAGGAUUUUGUUUGACUUGAGAAAUGUAAUCUUCAGCCAUACAGCAAGCUUGUUCUAUUUCAUAAUUAUGUGAUACCAAUGUUACCCACUUGGUCUCUAGAGCUUUCAGUUGAUCACCUCCUUUCGUUUGUAAAGAUUUCCUUUGCCAAUUAACUUCCUGGAGUUGCUGCCGCAAUUCCGCCAAUUUUUUAGAUGAUAUUUUUUCCAAGUCAGUUAAAGUUUGUAGGUACCUUUGCCAAGCCGGACAACAAUAUUCUAACAUGAGUUGUAAGUUUAAUAUUCGAACAGCCUGGUGUUCUAAUUGUGCUUGAGAGUUAUCUACACAUUCAUUCCAAGCUCCUACUUCGUUUAAUUUACCACUUGGUGGUGGAGGUAAUUCGUAACGUUUCAUCGAAAGUGUUUCCAUUGGCAAACGAUUUUGUAACCUUUCAAAUUCAUUGUGCAUUAUCGGUGUUUCAAAG